GGUUGUUGGCCUUCUCACCAUUUCAUGUUUCCAACGCUCCAAGACGGCCGAAGGGGCCCCGAAGACCACUCAAGACGCCCCCAAUCCGUACCCAUUUUUGCUCAAGCCAGUCUGCCUCAAAUCUGGCUGAAGCCACCGAUCGCCGAGCGAGAGCUACACAUCCUAUUCAUCAUACUGAACACUUGGAACGUCUGAGCGCAGUGACUCUGUACCGGUGCAAUGAAAUCCAUUUGGUUGAUGGCUGGAUCUUUCUUGUCGUCGUUAGUGGGAGGCGCCGCGAUGAGCAUCACAUCCAUGAGUCAGGACGCAUCCAACACCUAUGAAGCUGUGAACUCGACAAACCAAGCCUUGGCACCAACCUCCUGGAAGACAAUCUACGGUGGGAUUGCUAGUGUGGGCUGCUCUUGCACAGUGUCUAUGUACGAACACUACCUGUCGUCUGGGUACGGGUGCGAGGGUUCCAACACUGGCGCUGUCAUUUCGUACAGCACUGUUGGCGCAUGGAUCAACGUCAUGUCUGGGAUAUCGUCUCUCGUCCUCAACGGCUCCUGCACGAUGAUCACUAACGUGAACCUAGAUUACACGUACACGCCAGGCGCUUAUUGCUACCCUUUGCCGACUGGGAACGAUAACAUCGGAUCCGUACUCCUGAGUUGCGCUGGCACUCCGUCCCCGACGCCCUACCCGACGGCCUUUCCGACGCCAAGCCCGACGCCAAGCCUGACGCCCUAUCCGACGCCCAACCCGACGGCCUUUCCGACGCCCUUCCCGACGCCCAGCCCGACGCCCAGCCCGACGCCCAGUGCGGGCGGAGUCGGCGGAAGCGUUUCUGCUACAGGAGAUCCCCAUCUGCAAAACGUUCUUGGCCAGCGGUUCGACUUGCUGAAGCCGGGCAAGCAUGUCCUGAUAAGCAUCCCCCGUGGAAGGCAUAAGAACGCAUUGCUGCGUGUGGAGGCCGAUGCGCGUCAACUGGGUGGACAAUGCGCAGACAUGUAUUUCCAAGAGUUGAAUGUCACAGGGGAGUGGGUGGAGGCGACAGGGUCUAGCGGUCUCAAUUUCAAAGCUCAGGGAGUGCAUGAUGAGCAGCCGAAGUGGUUCAAGUUUGGGAUGGUGCAGGUUAAAGUUGCCCAUGGGCGCACUCUGAACGGACACUGGUAUCUGAACUUCUACGUCAAGCAUCUUGGAUAUUCUGGCUAUGCUGUCGGAGGAUUACUAGGAGAAGAUGACCACACUGAGGCAGCGAUGCCCUCGAAGGCUUGCGUUCACCACACGUCCCUGUUUAUGGUGCUGCCCGAUUCGUCUCAAAGCGCACCCGUCUUCUCAGUUGCCGAGGCGAGUUUCGCUUGAUGACCCGUGCGUGGCACGAGGUCCCAGCGUAAUUAUAAUAUACGGCCAGUGCCGCCGUCCCUGGAAGAAGACCUCCAUGAUGAAGGUGACAGCCUGAGUUGUUCGGCCCAAGGCCGCCGGGCUGGGCAGGGGAGGGGGUGUAUAUUUGGCACAAGCGUUCCAGUCUUGACGUUUGCAUGUGUGGUUCGAUCAGCGACAAGCGUUCGAACAUUCGCUUCCCGUUCUUCUCAGGUCAGGUUUUAAGGUAGGGCGGUCUGGAGCGCAACAGGCCUACUGCGUUGUUGCACCCUGUUAUACCCUUUUGCCUUCAAGCGUGACGUCGCCCGUCAUACAGACCCCCCCCCCUAUGUUGCGACCGACUAUGAACAGCUAUUCAUCGAAGGUUUUUGCGAAUCAGCAGCAUGGUGCACGCUGUGCCGUAGCAGAUCCCUGGAGUAUCUGCAAUCCAAGCUUUCUGAUUUAUUCCCAAACGUUCCCAGACUCAGACGGUGCCGCCGCGAAUCGUGCCGCGACCAGGGGCGGCGGCGGCGGUGCUGCUCACGGGCGCUGUCGCGAAUAAUAGGCAGGCUUCCUGUUUGCGCCCACCCCCGCGGCAAUGGCUGCUGGGGAUGGAGGGCUGCGCCCAUGUGGCACCAGAACCCGCAUUUGCAAGGCUGUAAGAGAUCGAC